AUGGAGGCCGAUUGGGAUGAGGUAUCGCGAAUUGCGGUGCCGCCUCCGAGCCCGCAUGUUCUCCCAACUAUCGCGACAGCUAUCGCCUUUGAUGACCUGCAGGAGCUGUUAUGGGUCGGCAAUGAAUAUGGACGAAUCACUUCUUUCUAUGGCCCUGAGCUUCAGCGAUACACCUCAGUACGAGCGCAUCCAGUGUCAGAAGGCGCCGUGCGACAAUUCCUCUUUCAUGAAAAAGGUGUUAUAUCUCUCUCAUCAAGAAGUGUUCAUAUGGUCACACGUCGAGGCCUGACCCAAUGGCAUGUCACGCACCCUGAUAUGACUGACCUUCGCUGCAUGAGCCUCACUGCACAAACAAACCGCAUCAUUGUCGCUGGUUGUCAAAAAACGAUGUUCACGGUAGAUAUUGAUAAAGGUGUCAUUGUUGACACUAUACCGACAGAUGUCAACUACACUAUAAUGAAAAGAAGUCGGUACCUUUGUUGCGCAACAGACACGGGCUCAGUGAAUGCACUCAGUUUGGCGGAUUUUAAAGUUGUAAAGACUUGGAAAGCACACGGUGCUGCUAUUAAUGAUAUGGAUGCUCGGAAUGAUUUCCUUGUGACCUGCGGCUUCUCAGUACGACAUUUGGGAGCUCCGAUUGUUGAUCCCUUGGCCAAUGUAUACGACCUCAAGACAUUGGCUCCAUUACCCCCAAUACCGUUCCAUGCGGGUGCAGCGUAUGUACGCAUGCACCCUCGAUUACAUACAACUAGUUUUGUUGCGUCUCAGUCUGGUCAACUACAGGUUGUUGAUUUGAUGAACCCCAACACCAUCAACCUUCGCCAAGCCAAUGUCAACUUCAUGUUAGGCUUGGAAAUCUCGCAGUCGGGUGAAGCCCUCGCAAUCAACGAUGCAGAAUGCUCCAUCCAUUUGUGGGGAUCUCCUAGCAAGAUUCAUUUCAACGAAAUGAGUAAAGAAACAGAGUUCGCGGAUGUGCCACCACGGCCGCCCAUAGUUGACUGGUCCCCAGAGACACCAUUGAAUAUAGUCGGGAUGCCUUACUAUAAUGAGCGCCUAUUUUCGGCUUGGCCCAGUCAUCUUGUAUUCGACAUUGGAAGCCCACCUGCACCAGUCGACCCUACUAUCAUACCUUAUCUACGACCAGCUGAGAUCGGGCACUACGCUGCGAACCCGAAGAAAGGAAGACGCUAUCAGAUCGAGAACACACGCCAAGUGGUAUCCGCAGAACCUGCUCUAGUAGCACCUAAGUUCUUGAGUGAGAAGGCUCGUGAAUCGCCACGAAGCAAAAAUGAUGGGAUCGUUGGUGACGUCUCCAAUGCAUUGGCUAGCGCGAAGAUUGGUGCCGAUGUGGAAGAGGACCCUUUGCUGAAAUACAGCAAUGUCGAAAUCAAAUAUAGCAAGUUUGGUGUUGAUGAUUUUGAUUUCAGGUUCUACAAUAAAACCUCAUUUUCGGGACUGGAAACCCAUAUUGCGAACUCCUUUACCAAUUCUCUCCUUCAACUAUAUAAAUUCAUCCCCUUGGUGCGAAACUUAGCACUACAUCACGCUGCAAGUAGUUGUUUAUUCGAAGAUUGUCUACUGUGCGAAAUGGGAUACCUCUUCGAUAUGCUGGACAAAGCGAAUGGGCAGAAUUGCCAGGCCACAAAUCUCCUCAAAGCUUUCAGUAAUUCUCGAGAGGCUUCAAAAUUAGGACUGUUGGAGGAAAACCUGACGAAUAAGGCUUUAUCUGGCGCUAUACAAUCGGUCAAUCGAUUCAUCUUGAAUCAAUUCUCAAAUGAAUAUCGAGCUGUUGCUCCUGAAUCCGAGGAACUUGACCGCAACUUGACUACAGUGGCAUCUGAAUCUGUUCGAUGUAUGUUCUGCCGGAACGAGAUUGUACGACCUGGAAACGUCUUUGCCAAUGAGUUGAUCUAUCCUGUCACGGACGCAAAGCAAGUGCGACGAACUCCACCCGUCAAAUUCUCUUCAAUUCUAAAGUCCAGUAUUGAGCGAGAAACUCAAAAUAGAGGUUGGUGUAAUCACUGCAGAAGAUAUCAGCAAGUGGCCAUUCGCAAAACAGUGCAUCGCAUGCCACCAGUCUUGAUGCUGAAUACAGGCCAUACCACGCCAUACUUUCGCCAGCUAUGGGCCAGCCCAGGUUGGCUUCCUGAAGAACUAGGCCUUAUCGUUGACAACGGUCAGCUACAUUGCUUUGAAGGCGAUACGCUUCGAAGCCGAGUCCAAAACAGAACUCCAGGGUUGGUUGUAUACGAACUUGUUGGACUUGUUGCUGAGAUCAAUAUCACCGAACAUCAAAAACCACAUCUCGUCUCAUUUAUCAAUGUGAGCAUAUCUGCCCGUCAGCCUGAAGAGAAGAGUAGAUGGCAUCUCUUCAAUGAUUUUCUCGUCACUGAAGUGAGCCGGGAUGAGGCAUUAAAAUUUACGGAUCCUUGGAAAGUGCCUAGUGUUGUGGCGUAUCAGGUUAAGAGUGCAAAACAUAAACUCGAUGAUUCAUGGAAGGACAAGCUUGACACGACAUUGUUGUUCCAUGAAUGGUCUAUGAAUGGCGGUCCACCUGUUGAGUCGUGUCAAAUACUCAAACCCGAAGAAAGACCUCAGCCUGGCACACCGGUUGCUCUCGACACGGAAUUCGUUGAUCUGGAGAAGGCAGAAAUUGACGUCAAAGCCGAUGGUUCACAAGAAAUGAUCAGACCAAGUAAAAGCGGCCUCGCUCGAGUCUCGGUUUUGAGAGGAUCUGGUUUACAUGAAGGUGUCCCGUUCAUCGACGACUAUAUCACCAUCAAAGAGACAAUCGUUGACUACGUGACACAAUAUUCCGGUAUAAAACCAGGAGAUCUCGAUCCGAGAACAAGUCAACAUAAUUUGGUUCCUCUAAAAGUGGCUUACAAAAAGUUAUGGCUACUCCUGAAUUUGGGAUGUGUUUUUGUUGGUCAUGGCUUGGCGUCGGAUUUUAGAAAGAUAAACAUCCAAGUCCCCAAAGCGCAGACUGUGGACACGCAAUAUCUAUUCUUCCAUCCUGCUAAAAACCGCCGUCUGAGUUUGCGGUACCUUGCAUGGGCAGUCUUUAAGGAAUACAUUCAAGAAGAGAACUCUGAUGUUACUGAAGGUCACGAUUCGAUAGAAGACGCCCGCAUGGCUCUCCGAUUAUGGAAGAAGUUCCAGGAAUACGAGGAUGCGGGUAUCGUCAACCAAAUACUAGAAGAGAUAUUCGCACAAGGUUUCAAACUGGGAUUCAAGCCCCCUCCUCGAAAUGGGAACUCGGCGGCACCUUCUGCUGCGGCUGCUUUGACACGACCGGGAACAGCAAUUAGCAAUAGCAAUGCCACAAAUGGAAGUGGUAGGAACACGCCUGAUGUCGCAAGUAAUGCAGCUUCUGCAACAGCAGGGACAAGCACGCCGUCUACACCGCGACAGGUAUUCAGACGAGCGAAUGCUUUGACACCGAGUAAUGGGACUUUUGGGGCGCCUGGACAGCCGGAUUUCUUUGGUGGAAGUCCGCUGCGAUGAUUUGUCGGUGAGCUAGAAACAGAGGCAAAGUGAACGAAGUUUGUCCUCUGUUCAACCAAGACUUGAUUGUCAGACCCCGUCUUGGUUGGGGACGAUUGCCCACUUCUUUAUCUGGAAAUAAUGAAACUCUAACUAGUUUCACUACAUUGACAUCCUUAUAUCUGAAACAUU